AUGGCGGACGCUCCGUCGCAGUUUCGCUAUAUUCAGUAUGAGGCCGCAAAAGAGAACGAGUACGUUGCUGCAAUGCGCCAGCUGAUAUCCCACGACCUCUCCGAGCCGUACAGCAUCUACGUCUACCGCUACUUUCUCUACGAAUGGGGAGAUCUCUGCUUCAUGGCAAUGGACGAGAAGGACGACUUGGUCGGCGUCGUGGUCUCAAAGCUGGAACCUCACCGUGGUGGGCCGUUACGGGGAUACAUUGCAAUGCUUGCGGUGAAGGAGGAACAUAGAGGAAAAGGGAUAGCGACCAAGCUCGUUCGUCUGGCCAUGGACGCCAUGAUCGAGAGAGACGCGGAUGAGAUCGUCCUGGAGACGGAGAUAACGAAUAAGCCGGCAAUGAAGCUCUAUGAGAGGCUGGGAUUUCUCAGGAGUAAGCAGCUGCAUCGGUAUUAUCUUAAUGGAAACUCUGCCUUUCGGUUUGUCUUAUAUCUGAAGGAAGAUGUGGGCAUAAUUCCGACCUCGGACCCUUGUCUUGGGCACCAUGAUGGCUUGCCGCUGCGUGAAAACGGCGAGUAUCCAGGCCACCAUGUCUGUUGA